AUGAGAUUUCUACAGAAGCCAGAAUCUCUGACAAAGGAGGAGCAUGAUUCGAGGUCUAACAAGAAAUCCCAGAAGAAGAAGAACAAAAAGAGUCGCCAUUCAUCUGAGAAAGAGAUCUCAAGGUAUUUCGAUGCUGGCGGAACACGACCCGGCGACAACGAUACUGUUCAACGUAGACACACGCCGCCUCCCAACACAUCAGCAGUUGUACGGAAUGUCCAGUCAGCAUCUCCAGUGGUGUCAAAUCUCCUGGAGAAGCCGUUCCUAGGAUUUGGAAGCAGGGGUACACAUCGACCUACAACAAGCUAUUACAGCUGGUCAGAGUCUGGAAGAGCAAGCUCAGCACGAGUGACGCAAUUGGCUCCGGUUCUUGAGCCAUUAGCAGCGGGUCAGCUUCAGAGCAGUCGGGCCCGGGAGCAGAUAAAAGGCGCCUUGCCCGAACAAGAAACAAUCCAAAAUCGUUCUGCAGACCAGGCAACCACUAAAAUACACAGCAAGAGUCAGAAUCCGAUAUCUGAGCCAGCUCAAGAGAUCAGCCAAGCCGCUCACCUACCACUCGAGCCCCAGGUUGCCCAAGAGAUCGCCAGUGAGGCACUGCCGGUACACAUCUCUGACAAGAACAGCAUCCCCAUACCUACUUCCACAAGCCUGGCCCCACAAAAUGAAGCCAGACUGUCCUGCACGAACAGAACUUCGUCGACCGAUAGAGCGCCAUAUCCACUGGAUAGCAACCAGUGUGGUGAUAUCGACAAGCUAAUACAACAGACCCUCUCUAGCAACCCUGUGGUCGAACAGUAUUCGAUGCCAUGGGAGGAGCUGCUGCAAAGUUGUGAGCAAGCAGCUCGACCUUCGAUUCCAACAUAUUACGACGAGGUUCCGCUCCAGUACAAUCUACCCGGUAUCCAAGAUCAUUAUCCACUUGAUCCCCGCGAUCAGUAUACACCUGCUGCUUACGGUCAUGCGGACCUUCGACUUUGGGGGCUGAAUGUUGGUGACUACGCAGAGCAUGACUAUCCAGACAAUACAGCUUUUGUCGGUGAGCAUGUACAUUGGGCUCAACCCGAAGCCAUUGAAUACCAAGACGACAGUCGUCCGUGCUCCGAAGAAACUUUGGAAGAGGACUCAGAACCUCUAGAUUCACAUGAUGGCUAUGAUCUGCCAGCGGAGGAUGGAGUGCAGUGGGAUGAAGGUGUUGCCGAACAGCACGAUGGAACACAAGACUUCCGAUUUCGGGAUGACGAGGCUAUGGACGAGUUUGCGAUGUUCUGGCAGCCGAAUAGAUUGUAUUGA